AACGACCUAUAUUAAUAUUGCACGAACUUGGAACUACGGGCUCUUUUCUCGGGAAUGGCAGGCCUUUGCUCGCAAGUUAUGAUUCUAGAAAGCGUAGUCGAGAACGGCGGCAGCUCGGACGACAGUAGUAAAAUGGGUAGCGCGGACGCAGCAACGAAGAAACUGCUGCCGGAGAACGGCUGCGCUGUUCAGCCACAGAAUGACAUUUCCGAAGAGGAAUACGGUCAGAACCUCAAGAUCCUGCCGACCAAUGACCAGGUCAAGGAAUUGCAGACCAUUCUGCGGGACAAAACCACCACAAGGAGCGACUUCAAGUUCUACGCGGAUCGACUGAUAAGGUUAGUGAUCGAGGAGAGCUUAAAUCAGCUGCCAUUCUCGAAAUGUGUCAUCACCACUCCGACUGGUGCCAAAUACAAGGGCCUGAAGUAUCAGAAAGGAAACUGCGGAGUUUCCAUUGUCAGAAGUGGAGAAGCCAUGGAGCAGGGCCUUAGAGAUUGUUGUCGCAGCAUUAGGAUUGGUAAAAUUCUAGUGGAGAGCGAUGUUGACACGCAUGAAGCAAGAGUUGUUUAUGCCAAAUUUCCUGAUGACAUUGCGGAGAGAAAAAUUUUAUUGAUGUACCCUAUAAUGAGUACUGGAAACACUGUGAUAAAAGCCAUAGCUGUGUUGAAAGAACAUAAUGUGCCAGAAGAGAAUAUCAUACUGUCUAACUUGUUUUGCACACCUUUUGCAGCCAAAACUCUAGUCACCGCUUUUCCCAAGAUGAAGAUCCUGACAUCAGAAAUCCAUUCUGUGGCUCCAAAUCACUUUGGACAAAAAUAUUUUGGCUGUACAGAACGUGGUGUAAUGAAGAAAUUGAUAGACUGACAUUUUCAUCUCACAAAGAAAUUGACAAAGAUGCGGAAGACAAAUAUAUGCGUUCAAAUUAGAGCGUAGUGUUUUCAAGCAUUCCUAAAAUAUAUUAACUAUUUUUAUUGAAAGGAAUCUCAACUUGUGAUCAAAAGUGAAUGGACGCAAUAUAGCUCUUAAAUUCUCAAUACCAAAGCUCAAUAUAUUACUAGUAAUUAAAUAUAUUUUUUCAUUAUAAAGUUACCCAAGUAUGAAAGGAAGAAAUUUGACAAAUUGUCUUAGACUGAUAGUGAAAAUGUAGUUGUUAUAAUAUAGUACUGAUCUGAGUUUGUUGUUAAAAUUAAAAUACGUUUAUUUUUAUGUUAUGCAAUUCAAAUGUUUAGAAACGUAAUGUAAAACAUGUUUUUUCUGCAAAUAUAAGAUACCUAUUUAUUUCUUUAAAA